AUGGCGAUCGAGAUCCGCAUGCAGCAAAUGUUUGACAUUGGCCAACUCAAGUGCCGCAUCCGGUUCGCCGAGCCCGAGACGCCGGAUGCGCCGUACCGCAUUGCGUCGACGAAUCUGUCCAUCGUGUCGUUUAGCGUCGACGACCAAGUGGUCCACGCUUCGAUCCCGCCGUUUGCCGACUGGCGCGUUGACACAAUCUCGCCGCAUCGAGACGAGUCCGACGUCGACGACGAAACCAAGAGCAGUCCACCGUCCCGCGCGUGGUACCAGCCCGAUGCCCAGUGGUUCACCACGACGGUGCAGGUGUCGCUCAACGGCGGCGCGACGUACUUGCCGCCCAUCUCACCGGGCGUCGCCGACGUGGUGGCGUACACGCCGGGAACGUUGGAGACGAUCACACCGACCUCGGGACCGCUCAGCGGCAGCACGCUUGUCACGUUGCGCUCGAAUUACUUUCAUUACGACACGAACGACGCGAUGGUGUCGAUCGAGUACAACGGCGACAUUCAGUUCGUACCUGGCUUUGUCAAGACGCUCCCCGAGGCCACGGAUCGAGCGCUGACUUUCGAGAUGCCAACCUUUUUCGUGCCGCCGCCACUGCCCAUCGAGAGCCCGCGCCCCGGGGCACCGGUCGUGUACCCGCCCGCCCCCAUGCUGCCAAACGCGAUCGUCAAAGUCGCACUCAACGGCGCAACGUACGCACACGAGUCGUCGGUGCCGUUUGAAUUUUACUACAACCCCAAGGUCGUCACGGUCGAACCGAGCACGGUCUCGCCCGGCGUGGUGCUUCAGAUGACGGGCGAGCUUUUCCGAACGGGUCCGCUCGCCAAGUACAAAUUUACCAACGUCGACGGCUCGUUCUCGGCGGACGUCCAGCCGACGCUGGUGGACGAGAAGGGAGUCAAGCUGUACAAAGUCGAGAUCCCGGCCUUGGGCAAGGCCGCAGAGGGCGAGCUUUGGUUCUACGUUGCGCUCAACGGUGUCCAGUACAGCACGAGCGAUGCUGCCAAGGUCACCUACGUCGACCAGCCCGAGCCACCGACCAAGGACGACAAACGCAAGCACUGAGAAAACCAUAAACACAAUUGUCGUCA